UCUGUCGUUACGUCGAGCAGCUGGACUCAGUUAAAGUUGCCUGAAGUCCAACUAUCUACUUCUGAGAUACAUUUAAACUCACCGCCGCCAUGGCAGGACUAAGUUUUGUGAUCUCCAUGUCUGUGGUGACGCUGUUUUGGGGUUUAGUUGGAGGAGUGCUGCCCUGGUUUAUCCCCAAAGGACCAAACAGAGGAGUGAUUGUCACAAUGCUGGUGUUAACUGCUGUUUGCUGCUACCUGUUCUGGCUGAUCGCGAUUCUGGCCCAGCUGAACCCCCUCUUUGGACCUGCUCUGUCCACUGACACCAUCUGGUACCUGAGAUAUCAUUGGCCUUAACUGCCCCCCCUCCACAUCUCCAGGUAGAGAGGAGCUGAUGCUGCUGCAAACCAAUGGAGCAUUCACCUUUCACUUCAUGCGGAGGUUAUUUCUCCUGAACCGCCUUAAACUCUGUUCCCUGUGUGAUUACUGAGUGAUGUCCACACUGGUGCCUUGUACAAAAAAAAUCAUUCCCAAAGGACUCUGAAAAAUCUUGCUGAAUGUGUUUUACGUUAAAUUAAAGCAACCCUGACGUGGUGAUGUUUGGUAUAUAUUAUGUAUAUUGUGUUUAAUGCUAUUGUGAGUAUAAAUGACCUUGCCAUUAAAAAGUUGUGUGGCUUGUUUGA